AUGACGUCCGAAAAAGAUGUGGAUGGCUGUGAUGGGCCUCGUACCGGUGAGACAACGGAAAAUGGGCAUCGCGAUGAGAGUGAUCGUGAAAACGUUAAUACCGAUCGUGAUCAUGUGACUCCCGGGCAAGUAGUGGUGAUGCCAAGUGAGCGCAAGGAAAGCUAUUCCGUGUACAAUAAUGGUAAAAAGGCAGAAAAGCUACCGGAGAUGGAGAAAAUGUUACCAGAAGACGUGGAAGACAUGUAUCGGGAUAUGCCACUCACCAAGGACACGACCUGUGGUUUGUGGAUGUUCCAGGGUCCUAUGUUGCAAAGAUUCGCUAACAAAAAGGUGUACGUGUUUAUGUACGGUGUGGUCGGGUGCAUCUUUUCGGCCACCUAUGCCUACUUCAACGGUACAAUCACGACACUGGAAAAGCGCUACAAAAUUCCGAGCAAAAACACCGGAAUCAUCUCGGUCGGAAAUGACAUCAGUGCGCUGUUGCUGUCCGCCAUCUUAAGCUAUUAUGCCGGCAAGGGCCACCGGCCACGCUGGAUCGCGUUUGGGUUGCUGAUGAUAACGGUUUUCUGCUGGAUGACGGCUCUGCCACAUCUGCUUUAUGGGCCGGGAGAGGCUGCACUGUCUCUUACCACCGAGUACGGUGCCACGUACGAUGCGAACCAAACGUUCGAGGUUAUGGAAGCGCAGAAGGCGAAAACACUGUGCCGAACCAAUGCCACCCGCGGAGCUGAGUGUGAACGGGAGGAGGGAACUUUGGCACCUCAGAUCGUUCUGUUUGUGGCACAGUUCAUCUCCGGUAUUGGUAGCUCCCUGUACUACACGCUCGGCGUUUCCUACAUGGACGAUAAUAUAAAGAAAUCGAAAACACCUGCUCUGGUCAGUGUGUCUUACUUCCUGCGUAUGCUUGGUCCAGCUAUUGGUUAUGCACUCGCAUCCUACUUCCUGAAGCUGUACAUCUCACCGUCGAUGACACCGACCAUCAGCAAUACAGAUCCUCGCUGGUUAGGAGCCUGGUGGAUGGGCUGGAUCAUUCUCGGUGCUGUCCUGGCCUUCUUUGCGAUCUUUAUGGCCAUGUUCCCGAAGCAACUACCGCGAGCCGCCGCCCGGAAGCGAAUUGCACAGGAAAAACGACGUCUCGGUAUGCAGCUUAGCGAUGCCUCACGGCGAGAAGAUGAACUACCAGCCUCGUUUAAGGAUAUGCUGAAAACAUUUAAACGGUUGCUACGCAACAAGAUCCUGAUGCUGAACAACAUUGCAUCGGUGUUUUACUUCUUCGGGUACAUGCCGUACUGGAUCUUCACACCGAAGUACAUCGAAACGCAGUACAAGCAGUCCGCUUCCACGUCGAGCCUGGUGACGGGGACUGUCGCUCUCUGCUUCUCGGCGAUCGGUGUUUUGCUGUCUGGGUUGGUGAUCUCGAAGUUUAAGCCAAGGGCACGGUAUAUGGCUGCCUGGAACGUGAUAGUAGGGAUACUUUCCGUGAUGGGAAUGAUUGCGUACGCAUUCCUCGGAUGUACGGCCAGCGAGAACUCGGUCAUCGUGAACAUUCCUUCACAAACGGACCUCACCCCAACGUGCAACUCAGCCUGCCAGUGUGAUUACGUCAAGUACUCGCCGAUCUGUGGUGAGGAUGGUAACACCUACAUCUCCGCCUGUCACGCUGGCUGCAAGCGGCAGAACCAGUACGGUGAUCUUAAAAUCUAUGGCGAGUGUUCGUGCAUAACAUCGGUGGCCAAUUAUACCAGCCCGCUCUACAACCAGCUGCUUACGGAUGGCAAUCGCACCAGGGGCACGCGUGACGAGAAUGCAUUCAAUCUCGGUGGAUCAGCCAUUGCCGGACCAUGUCCACUGGACUGUCACAAAGAGUUUAUCACCUUCCUGGUGGUGAUGUGCUUCCUAAAGUUUUCGGGCGCCACCGGCCGGGCAAGCAAUUUCCUCGUCUCGGUACGGUGCGUGGAUGAGAAGGAUAAGGCUGUGUCGAUGGGUUUCGGCAUGAUGGUGCUAAGCCUGAUGUCCUUCAUACCGAGCCCGAUCUUUUUUGGACUGGUGCUGGACAAGACGUGUCUCGUGUGGGGUAAGACGUGCACCGGCAAGGGUAACUGUUGGCUGUACGAUGGAGAAACGUUGAGAUAUUUGCUAAACUUUAUAGCGGCCGCGUUCGUCCUUGUGGGCACACUGUUCGAUUGUGGUGUGUGGUAUUAUGUAAAGGAUCUGAAAAUCUUUGACGACGAGGUGAAAGACAAGGAGAUUGCACUAGCGGAUAAGGAGGAAGAAGCCAUCACGGAUCGGCCAACGUAG